AUGCGCUUGGGUCAUCGUGAUUUUUUCAUGUCUGUUGCUUAUAUUACUGGUGGUCAGUAUGUUCCAAUGCAAAAUGCAAAAUUACUCGCUCAGGUCAUUAUUGGUGGUGUGAGGGAAGAAAUUUCGAUAGACAAACUGAUGGCAGAAGCUCAACAAGAUAUUGAUAAAGAAAUGCGACAAGCUGAACUCGACGGAGUCGAUGAACGAGAAACAGCGAUACGUAUUAACCGUAUAUUUACGACAAGAAAUAUGAAAGUCGGACAGUUUCAAAGUCCAACAGCGAUAUCAACAAUGGCUAGAGAACACUAUUCCAAAUGUUCGGAUUUGAAUGAAUUGAAAAAAAGUUAUAAAAUGAAAUUGGCACCGUCAUCUCCAGUGGAAGGAGGAGACUUUCUUAGAGCAACUGCAAGAAAAAUCAAAACUAAAAAAAGAUCUUCCGUAAUCAAAUCGAUGGCAGGAUGCAUACUAGGGGACAAAACAAAAGACGAGAGUAGUGACUUAGAUGAGGAAGAUUUGAAAACAGUAGCACCGAUAGCACCAGCACGUAAAGCAGAAUUAGAAUAUGGUUAUAAAGAACAAGAAGCCGUGAGUAUAGAACAAACAGAGCGUAUUGUACAAAAGAUGAAAAGCAGAAAAUAG